AUGGUCGACCGUGGCGGCAGGUACGAACGGGACAAUCGGGACAAUCGGGACAAUCGGGACAAUCGAGAACGAGACAGAGGUGGAUUUCGCGAUGGAGGACGACCACAGCACUUUAAGAAAAGACGCUACCAGGACGACGAUGACCGUGACUACCGCCAGCAGAGGCCUCGCUACGAGGAUCCGAUGGUCAGACUUAGAAAGGAUGUCCUAGCUAUUGCAGAAUCUCCUCUCAUCAAGGUGGAGGACUCGAUCCGAUCGAUUGCUAAGUCGCUGUCAGCCCAUUGGGACCACGAGGCUAUCCGCAAAGGAUUCGUCACUUUGAUCAAAACACUCGUCGUCGAACAACCGUUCAAAAUCCCCUUCGUCGCCGCCAUCGUCCUCUGCGCCAAUGCUCAAAAGCACGAAAUCGGAAAGCUGGUUCUCGAUGAAUUCGCCGCCCAGCUACAGAAUUACCUUGACAACUGUGAAUGGCGCAACUUUAAACUUACUCUGAGAUUUAUGGGAUCUGUUUCCUGCAUGCUAGAUGGCGAAGGCGUUGCGACCUUGCUCAAUGACUUGGCCAACCUUACCGGCGAUCUGGCUGCUGAAGGAGGGAGCAGUGGACUCUCUGAAGAAUUGUCAUUUGUCGUUCUUAUUACGAUUCCUUACAUUUUGACAUCUGCGCCUGGUGGUAUCACGGAGGAGUUUUUGACGACCUUGAUCGAACGGUUGGAGGGCAUGCAAGUGCCAUCUGCCGUCGAGCCUCUUUUGUCGCCAUAUAGUGGCCCGAAUGCGCCGUAUCCUCCCAUGAAUAAUACCACCCUUUUGUUGAACGCCCUUAAAGACGAAGCCGCCUCCGGGUUUAAAUUCGAGAUUCUCGCCCGUCCAUGGGAACCGUUCCUCGCCGAGCUAGAAGCUGCCACCAAACAUUUUUUCCCCACGAUCACCAUGCCAACAGCUCUCGAAGGCGGUACUAUAUUCCCCAAGGUCUACUUUUCGGUCUUCCAAGGUGCCGUCCACGAAACCGUCCCAUUGCAAACAUCCAUCAGUUCAUCCAUUCUCCGCGAUUCAAUCGGUGACACAAUCGGCCUCCUCGACUUCAACCGCAUUGCAUGUGCCAGGUUCCUCAUCGAUGUCGAUUGCUACUUCGCACCUAACGCAUUUCUUAAACGUGCGACCCCAUUCGACAAGAUUCCGGAGGUUUCUGAAGGGAAGUCGACCUGGAAGCCGGAGGACGUCUGUGUUGAUGCUAUUUUCACCAACAUAUUCCAGUUGCCGCAACCAGAGCAUAAAUUGGUUUAUUACCAUGCUACUUUGACCGAGGUCUGCAAAUUGGCGCCUCAGGCGGUUGCGCCAUCGCUCGGAAGAGCCAUUCGUUAUUUGUACAGAAACCUGGAGAGUAUGGAUGUCGAACUGAGGUACAGGUUUAUUGAUUGGUUCGCUCAUCAUUUGAGUAACUUUGGGUAUACUUGGAAGUGGACGGAGUGGAUCCCCGAUCUCGAAUUGUCCAAGGUCCACCCACGCCGUUCGUUCAUCCAAGAAGCCGUCGAAAAGGAAAUCCGUCUAAGUUUCGCCAACCGCGUCAAAUCCACUCUUCCAGAACAAUACUGCGAAUUAGUCCCCGAAGACAAGGAAAAGGAACUACCCGACUUUAAAUUCGAAUCCGACGACAUCGCUUUCCCUGAGGAAGGGAAACAGCUUUUGAACCUCAUUCGUCAGAAGGCUCCAAACGAAGAAGUCGACACCCUUAUGAACGCCAUUACCGAUGCCGCGAACAACAAGGGAUUACCUGAUCCUUCCAAAUAUGCAAGAGAUAUGUACAUGACCUGCAUCUGCCAUAUCGGAGCGAAGAGCUUGAGUCACGUCUUGAGCUGUAUCGAACGAUGCAAAGAAAAACUUACACAGUUGGGUCAAGAAUCCUCGCAAGCUCAGCGACAGAUCGUUGGGACGGUGAUGAGAUAUUGGGCUGAUCAACCGGGUAUCGGAGCUAAUGUUAUUGACAAGCUUUUGAAUUACUCGAUUUUAACGCCAUUAUCUGUUAUCGAAUGGGUUGUUCUUGAUGCUGGCGGGGAGGUAUUGCCGAGGGGACAUGCAUGGGAGAUGGUGAAUACUACGACUAGGAAAGUUGUUUUGAGGACUAGGAAUUUGGCGAGUGCUAGAGGGGAGGAUCUGCCGGAAGAACAAAUCGCUACUGCGGAGCAGCAGCAUGAAGUUGCGAAGGCGGAACAGGCGGAGUUGUUUAAGGUUGUCAUGGAGGGGCUUGGAAGGUAUGAAGAUGGAGGAGUUGUGGUUGGCAAAGAAGGGACUAGUGGGGAGGAUGUGGAAUUGUUGAAAUGGUGGGCUGCUAGUUGGUUGAGGGCUUUGAAGAGGCAGAGGGAUAUUGAGGAGGCGGAGGAGGCGAUGAGGGUUAGUACUGGAUCUGGAGCGGGGGCUAUGGAUGAGGAUGGGGACGAGGAUAAGGAAGGAGGGGAUGAUGAGAAUGCUAUGGAGGAGGAGGUUUAA